AUGUUGGGCCUUCGGUAUGCUCUGGGAUUCGGUAAGGCGUUCGAUCUGCAAGAUAACAAACGCUCGGUAAGGCCUAGGGCACCGGUGUGGUACCGGCCGAAGACUCUCCGAUGCUUGAGUAAGUACGGAUUUAGUAAGUUUAAACUACAGAUAAAUAGGCAGUAUGCCAAUUUCGAUGUCGGACUGUGGACUCCAAUUGUGGGACUGCCACGUGCCCCUGGGGGUGGAGUUGCCCUAAUCGUGCGAUCGGUAGGAACGAACUGUAGCUAUGUGCCGAAGGCCUCCAUAGCUCCAAUUUGGUCCACGAGUCCCCCAAGUUCUCUUGUGACAGUUCUCGGAAGGGGACUUGAAAUUGUCUUCGGAAGGAAAUGUUAUCCUACCGUUCGGCUGACGUCGAGGAAGUCAGAAGGUUGCGUCGAGUUGACAUGUGAAGAAACAUGGGCGCUUCGUCUUCCGUGUCUCGCGUGCCGUCAGUCCCCCAUAGGAUGA